AAAAAAAUUUCUGUAGACUCUUGAAUGGUUUAUAGAUCUGUAAAGCUUGAUAGAAAAGUCUAUUUCAAUCUAUAGUUAGUCCUUCAGUUUUAGAGGCAGUAUUCCUUGUGGGUUUUAACUGGGAAACCAAAGGCAGGCUUUAAUAAAAUGUAUUCAAAUUUAGCUUUAAAUAUUGGGUGGCUGCCACUGCUCCAUUAUAAAUGGAAUUGAAAUGUUUCGUGCAUGUGAAGCAAAAUGAUGUAAUUGUUCAGCUUAUAUAACUUUUUAAUGUACUAUAUGGUUUUUAUAAGUUCCAUUGAAAUCUUACUGUUUAUAUAGCAUGUAUCUACUCUAUACUUAAGAUUUUAUCUCAAACAGGUUAUGGAAGACAUUUCAUUUGGAGCAGAGGGUCAUUUAUCUGAGGAGUUCUUCAUAUUUUCCGCAGAGUUGGGAGAAAAAUGUGAAGCAAUAAGUGAGAAAUUGGUGCAUCUGGAAGAUCAACUGCAAACUUCCGUCUGCAGAGUUGAUGAAGGAGUUAUUCAGUCUCUGCAGAGGGAGAUCCAGGUGGUGAAGGAGACACUCCAGACCGUGCUGGUGCAACUUCAGCCAGCCAGGGAGGCAGGAGAAGAAAAGGCUGGAGACUUCCUCUGUGACAGCUGGUGUCCAGGAAAACAAGACUUGAAGGAAUAAUGAGCAGAAAGAGCUGGUAGGAUGACAUUAAUUCACAAAGGGCUGCUUUUAGUAACUGAAUACUGUUUUACCAAGCCUCGGGGAUCUCUUCUCUCCCUGCAUAACUAAUAACUAAAUCAAUUAUGGAGAAACAGAGCCUGGAGGUCUAGCAUCAGAAGUAUUCUACACAGCCUCACAUGUUUUGGCACAGAUUGGGAAACAGCUUUCAGAGCAGAGCAGCCCCUGUAAAUGUGUAGAUUACAAAUUGAUACAUUUCAAGUGAGUCUGCAAAGUUGCCUUUAAUGUCGGUGAAAUGUUCUCCUUGAAGACUCGUAAACAGUAUCUGUCUUCCUUGUGGAUUUUUUUCCCUCUGAUUUAAAAAUGUAGCGUUAAAGCUGGAACAGCUAGUGUUUCUUGAAAAAUAGCUGUAGAAUAACUUUUUUUUUUUCCUUUGGCUUUAACAGCUUUCUUGCAUUGAAUGUAUUUUCACAUUCCUGACAAUAAUUAAAUCAAUAGGAUGAAAUUCAAGCUACCAGAGUUCUUUCAGCUGAAAUUUGGACCUCAUUUACUCGGUGGUAUUGAGUACAGUCAAGGUAACUAACAGCAGCCUCUAUGGCAGUAGUCUAGCUCUUUUCAUUUAGGUAUUAAUAUAAACUUGCUUUAGUAUUACAGGAGUUGUAAAGCA